CCCAGUAGUCAAUCAUCAACAGUACGGUCGCCUAACGUCACUCUCAGGAAGCGGCAAAAUAGUGCUUUCAUCGGUAUCAAUUUGAGUCGGCGUUUAACUUUAAAAUAGCCCAUUUUUAAAAGGUUUACAGAACACAGUAAAGUUAUUCAGUCCUUUCGGUUGUAUUUAAUUUAAGGACCAGAAAUAAUAUUUUUCUCUCUGAGGGUUUUCAUCGUCACAGAGUGUUUCAACAAUGCCGAGAGGAGGCAAAAAGAACCAUAAGGGCCGUGGGAAGCAGUUCAGCAACCCUGAGGAGAUUGAUCGGCAGAUGAAAGCUCAGAGGGAAAUGGAAGAGAACGAAGGGGCCGAACGUGGAAGUUCAGCAGAAUCUGAAGAGGAGAGCAGCAGUGAUGAUGAACAACCUAAAAGGAAAGGUGUAGAAGGACUAAUUGAAAUCGAGAAUCCGAAUAGGGUCUCCCAGAAGAGCAAGAAGGUUGUGGAAAUAGAUGUCGAUGCACCUAAAGAGCUCUCACGUCGGGAAAGGGAGGAGAUUGAAAAGCAGAAGGCUAAGGAGCGAUACAUGAAGCUGCAUCUAGAGGGAAAGACGGAGCAGGCCAGGGCAGACCUUGCCAGGCUGGCCAUUAUAAAAAAGCAGAGAGAGGAUGCAGCAAGGAAGAGAGAAGAUCUAAGGAAAGAAAAAGAAGCAGAAGAGCCAAAGUCGAAACGCUAGUCCAAGCAUCAUCACACAGGACAGGGCUUUCCUGGGGAGGGAGGGAAGGGGACUAGUUAUUUAGAGGAAACAGCUCAGGGGAAUCCAUACAUGUCAUCCUUCCAUCCAUCCAAGGUUGGAGGAUUUGGACAUUUGUAGGAAGUCAAAUGGGAGGUGUGUGUGUAUGGCGUUGGAGUUUGUUGGGUUUUUAAUUUUAAAUACCACCAAACUCCGCUCACCAUAUCCCUCCCCUGACACCUUCACUGUGCUCAGACUCUAAAGCUGCUGGAGUUUACUCUUAGUUUCUACAUUUCUAUGAUGCUAUCACCAUAACUUAAGAUUGGGAUGUUAUGGAAGAGUGAGGCAGGGUUGCAGGUGUGCUCACGUGAGCUGAUAGGAAAGAAUGAAGCAGGUUGUUGUGUGGGACAGUCGAACACUAACUAGACAUUUUGUCUUUUUGUGUAAAGAACGACAUCAACCCUUCUACAGUACUGUCUUUGUGGCCUCAUUCUGUUUAAGUGCAAAAUACAUCUGUAGUCAUUUAAAGUUUAAUAGGAAGGGUAUUUUGGUUGUUACCUGGUAUCAGGAAAUCAGGAUGCUGCAGAUUACAUCCUCAUUUAAAAUGUUAUUGUUUUUAAGUACUUAAACACAAUAUAAUGCAAUAUCAAUAAAAGGCAUCACUAGGACAGUAUUAAAGUAGCUGCUUCGUCACAGCCUAUUGAGCUGUUGCAUUUCUCCACAUUCACCACAUCAUCUUCUAUAAUGCCCCUUUACUCAGGGGUUUUGCAUUUCUCUUGAGGUGGGACCAUGGUUUUUGUUUUUGUCACUACUAGACUCACUGGUGUAUCCUUGUAGUAUUUUGAAGAGUUUUAUGCUUUAGCCCAUUGCUGGGACCUGACUUGCCUUGACCGUUAAAGGAAAGCAAUAUUACCCUUGAUGAUGCUGAUGGUGCAACUUUUUUUUUCCCAGUUCUUAAACAAUUAUUUACAAAGUAUUUUAGCAUUUGUAAAGCAUUCACCUGUACUGAAGUAAUUACAUGGGUUAUUGAUAUUAAAUCAGUGGAAUUCCUUAUUUGAAACUGUUGUAUACAAAUAAAUAAAUUGGUAAAAGAA